AUGUUGAGAAGCUGGCGGGCAAGCUCCAGCCCGGCCGGCCACAGAGUGCCACUUUGCGCCCGCCUCCACACAGCAUGUCUGCAGCUGGCUCUGUACGAGGAGGAAAGCAUCUACUGGUGGGACAGCGACGGCUCGACGACGGUGACGGCCAAGAAUGCGGUAGACACGGAGCUCGACGGGUUCUGUCCUCAGAGGGGCGAGGGGGAGGAGGAGGAGGAGGCGGCAGACGAAGAGGGCAUACCGUCCCCUCUGGAAUACCCAGACGUCCGCCAGCAAUUGUUCAGCUACUUCAGCAGGAAGCUGCUGGAAGACGAUUCGCGAGCAAAUAUGGGAUAA